AUGUCUUCGGUUCUUCCUCCUCCCACUUCCUCCUCCACCUCCUUUGCUCCUACAGCCUCCACUAAUUUUGACACGGUUCAUCAUCCUACUUCAUCCCCCACUUCCUCUGCCCCUACAUCCUCUGCUGGUCCUGACGCAUUUACUUCCUCUUCAAGUCCAGGCACGACGAGUUCUAGUUCUUCUUCGAGCUUUGGCGAAUCUACAUCACCAGUCAGCUCCUCAUUCCGCCCGUCGGCAAGCCAGUCAACUGCUGUCAGUGCCAUCAUAACUUCGUCCAGUCCAUUACUCCCCUCUCUUUCCUCUCCUACCACGGAUCCGUCAACUGAAUUCCAGACGUUGUCUUCCUCGACUACGAGUUCUUCCGACGUUGUAGCAUCUCCUUCUUCGAGUACCGUCCUUCCUAGCGCACCUUCUGCAUCACCUUCACCGCCAUCCCCUCAUCCGAUCCUCCCCACCAACCCUCCAAGCACCACUACUAGAGGACCUAACACUCUUCCCGGCAUGUCAAGCAGCAAUUCCGUUCCGGAUGUGGACGAGACCUCAUCUGUCCCGCCGCCUCCCCCGUCGUCAACUCCACCAAGCGAACCCAGCCCGUCGCCUUCAUCAUCCCCAAUUUCGACACCACCACCUUCCUCCAGCCGUAGUCCUAGUUCCACUGGAAGCCCAUCCAGCAGCACAAGGCCACCAUCGCAACCUGCUAUUCAGCAGCCGCCUCCUCCAACAAGUACCAUAACUUCGGUCUCUGUAAUUCGGCAAUCCGGGGGCUCUGAGAGGAGGACAAGUACGGUGACUAUAGACCCAGAAACCACGUUAUCGACACCCGUGGUGCUCACUUUGACUGUGGGCGGGGAGGAGAUCACGACUGCACCCUCGUUCGUGACUGUUGUUCAUACUUCAACGGAGUUGGAUGGAGAUGUGGUCCUCCAUACCGAGAUCGCGGCCAACCCUAGGCCUUCGGACGAUAGUACUGUGGCACCAAGUGGAGGUAUCCUUAACAACAAAGGUGCAGCAGCGGGUAUCUUUGUCUCCAUCGGCAUAGUCUCGAGCAUCAUUGCUUUCCUUCUACUCAUGAUUUGGCGUCGACGCCGUCGCACCGAGCGACGCAAGCGAUGGUUUGCAGGGAUGCGCCAGCAUCGCCCCGCCGAGUCCACCGGCAGCGGCUACGCAUUCAAUCAUCAAGGAGGCCAGGGUGGAAGCGGCAAAUCCUCACCGUUCGAGGGAUUGAGAGUUGAGAAGACUGUGGAAGACGAUCGGGGAGACGACCGGAAUUUCCAUGGAGGAAAUGGUGGAAUACAAGUUCUUCCAUGGGGGACCGUGCCAUCGCGGCAGCCAUCGCCGCCUCGACAGCACUACAGGCCCCAUUCGACGCUCAACGGUCCUAGUAAUGGGAACUACACUGUGGGCAUGGGUGCUGCCGCAGACUCCGUGAGCACGCUGGGGUUGACUGGGAUUGGGUCGGCGAUGUACGGCUUCAAUCAGCAGAACGGUUCAGUUUCACGAGCAAAUGGCGUUCCCAGCCCCGUUAGGAAACCUGUCAGCCCUCAUUUGUACGACGAGGAACUGAAGGACUUGGACACGAUGCUCAAUAAAGCCCAGCUUAACCGGAGCAACUCGACAUCGGAACCCACCAAUGCGAUUCGAACUCGAUUUGGGCUUUCGCCAAUCGUUGAGAGCGGUAACACUACGACCAAGGCACCGGAGUCCUUGUCCGUCCCGCCUUCGAGUUAUCACUUCAACCCUCGCUAUGCUCCUUCUCCAGUUCCUUCCAGUCCUUCCCUUUAUCCUCCCACGCUCGACGAGGACAGUCCUUACACCGGGUACGAUGAUGAUUACGAUGACGAUUGCAGGAACCUCUUCUACCAGAAACCAGCGUUGUCGCCUACCGUUCCACAGCAAGUGGCCACCUCCCUCCCUGCACCUCCUCGUCCCCCUCGUUCGAGGUUAAGAGACAGUGCGGCCAGUGUCAUCGGUACGACAAAAUCCACAGUGCGCCUGGCUCCCUCGUUAGCAUAG